CAUUUCCGAGGUCCAGUGUUCUCUCCCCUAAAUACGCCUGAAUCAUGCGCCUAAGAUAUGGAGAUACUCCAAUCGCUUUCAGCCGCUGCAAUAUCUUCUGCCAAGAAGCACUAUUGAAGGCAUUUUUCACAUCCAAAAGGACCACCGCUGGUAUUUCCCGGUAUUGUCGGCCUCCACCCACAGCACGUCGUACCAACUUGAUGACCAUGUCCACAGCAUCUACUGUUGAGCGUCCAGGUCUAAAGCCAAACUGGUUGUCAGACAAAGCAUUGGUUUUCUCAAGUUCUUCUUGUAGUCUUCCUACCAGCAGUUGCUCAAACAGCUUCCCCACAGUACUCAGCAGACACAGUGGCCUGUAUGAGUCUGGUCUGCCUUCUGGCUUACCCAAUUUUGGGAUGAGGACCAGUCUUGCCAUCUUCCAGCCUGCAAGGAAGCUCUCCUCUCUCAGGGCCAUAUUUAACACUUUAAGGACCUUGUCUGGGACUACACUCACUGCCACCUUUACUACCUCUGGGGGAAUGCCAUCAGGUCCCGGGCUCUUGUUAGACUUGAUCUUUUUUCCCGCCACGAUAAGCUCAUUUUUGGUGAAAGGUGGAAUCUCCAGAGCAACAAUUUCCUCAUGCACUACAGGUGGGUGCUCAGGGAAAAGUACAUCUACGCACUGUUCAAUUGUUUCUCUAUCUAGCACUGGUAGGUUGCGUCCAAAUCUCUUCAUGACAAUUUUGUAGGCAUUUCCCCACGGAUCUGCCUCAAGUAGGUCACAUAGGUCUUGCCAUUUGCGUCUCUUGGUUUCCAAGAUCUCUUUCCUGUAUCUUUGGCGUUCUUGUCUGAGCAGCACCACCAACACAUCCACUUCAGCUGCAUCUGGUCGCGAUCUUCCUCUCGCCCUGGUAAGUCGC